CUCAUCAUAACCAUAUUUCGUAUGUAAACAUAACCAACAAAAAGUCAUAACAAAACUUGCGGUCACAAAUAUAUUUUAGUGAACAUAUUAACUGUUUCUUGUUUCAUUAAUACUUCAUUUCAAUAAUGACUAGCACCGUAAAACUAAAAGAAGCAUUUGAAGCGGAAUCAAAGCACGGUGCUUUCUACACUGGAGGGAAUGUUGAAUGGCACGAACAUAUCUUGUACUGCCAAAAAACCAACAACAUAUCCUUGCUCAACGUCAAUGAUGGUGUUGUGGAGAAAACAAUCGGCGAAAGUGAUGAAAAUGAAGAUGCAGACUAUAUGCAUACUUUUACAACAGAUGGAACUAGGAUAAUAUCCUCACAUAAGAGUGGUUUACUUAAAAUGUGGAAUGAAAAUGGUGAACUGGUCAAGAUGUGGAAGUACAUUCACAAAGGCCCCAUUGCCAAGUUAGUCCUAAAAGGUGAUAAACUUGCUUCUGGAGGAUCUGAUGGUAUUGUUAGAAUCUGGGAUUUAACUCAUCAAGCAUGUGUUUUGAGUUUGAAAGGAUGUCAGGGUGUCGUAAAUGUUGUUGAAUUCCAUCCUACUGAAAAUAUAUUAUUUGCAUCUGGAGAUGAUGGCAAAAUUUACACAUGGGAGUUGGAUAAAGGUGCUUGUGUGCUUGUUUAUGAUGCUCAUUACAGUAAAGUCACUUCAAUUGUAUUUGCCAAUGAUGAUAAACAUUUUGUAACAUCUGGCAGAGAUAAGGUAAUUAUUUUAUGGGAGUUCAAAAACCCAAAAUCGUUAAAAACAAUAGCUGUAUAUGAAGCAAUUGAAGCUGUGGUUGUUUUACCAAAGAAAUUCCAUUUACCAAAUUUCAAGAGUGACCCAGGUGAAAUCUAUGUAGCAUCAGCAGGUGAGAAUGCUGUUAUCAAAGUUUGGGAUGUCAAUAGAGCUAAAGAAGUUUUUGUACAAACAAAUUCCUUAGUAUCAAAAACUUCUGAGGAAGGUGGAUUAGCAAUAGUGAACUUAAUCUACAGCAAAAGUUUAAAGGCACUUGCUGUAAUAAGUGCUGAACAUAAUAUAAUAAUACACUCACUAAAAUCAUUCAUUUGUCUCAAACAAUUCAUUGGAUUUUCUGAUGAAAUUCUUGAUAUUUCGAUAGUAGGCAAAGAUAAUUCACAUUUAGCUGUUGCAACUAACUCUGCAGAUAUAAAGCUCUAUGAAAACUCUACAAUGAAUUGUCAAUUACUAAAAGGACACACAGACUUAGUUCUUGCAUUAAGUACUAGCGAAAAAAAUCCUAACUUAUUGAUAUCUUCAGGAAAAGAUAACAAAAUCAGAUUGUGGCUAUUAAGUGAAGUGGAUUACACAAUGUCUUGUGUAGGUAUUGGCACAAGACACACAGGCUCAGUAGGUUCAGUGGCAUUUUCAAACAGUUGCAAGUUUGUAGUGAGUGUCAGCCAGGACACUUGUGUGAAAAUCUGGGAAAUGCCAACUAUGUUCACAGAAAAUGAACCACUUAAUUGCACAUACACUGAAGUAGCCCAUCAGAAAGACAUUAACUGUGUUACAGUCUCACCAAAUGACAAAAUUAUAGCAACUGCUUCACAAGACAAGACAGUUAAACUAUGGACUGAAACACUGUCUUUGGUGGGUGUACUGAAAGGGCAUAAAAGGGGUGUGUGGUGUGUGAGAUUCUCCCCAGUUGACCAAGUAAUACUGACUUCCUCAGCUGACUGUACAAUAAAGAUUUGGUCAGUGGCGGAAUUAAAUUGUCUUAAAACAUUCGAAGGUCACGAAUCUAGUGUUUUAAGAGCAGAAUUUAUAUCAAAUGGUUUGCAAAUUUUAAGUGCUGGAGGAGAUGGGCUGUUAAAAGUCUUCAAUAUCAAAAAUUCUGAAUGUGUUUGCACUUUAGAUGAACACGAAGGUAGAAUUUGGGCGAUGGCUGUGAAAGACGACGAGUCAGGAAUUAUUACUGGCGGCAGUGACUCACUAUUGAUUAAAUGGAAAGAUGUAACUGAAGAAAGGAAAUUGCAAAGACAGAAGGAACAGGAAGAAUUAGCUUUACAGGAACAAAAACUCAGCAACUACAUUCAUAACAAUGAAUUACUUAAGGCUUUGAAAUUAGCUUUGAAGCUGGACAAACCAUUCCAAGUAUUAAAAAUCGUGCAGGUCGUCAUCAAAAAAGGUGAAACUGGUCUUGCUGACACCAUUAAAGAGUUAAAGAAUAACCAGAAGGAAAGUUUGCUUAAAUGUGCCACCAAUUGGAAUAUGAACAGCAAACAUUGUCAACCUGCUCAGUUAGUGAUGAAUAUUUUAAUAAACGAACUGCAAACUGGAGAAUUCAGACCACUUGGAUUAGGUUCGACACUGGAAGGAUCACUUCCAUAUACUGAAAGACAUUUUAAGAGAUUGACACAAUUGAUGCAAGAUAUACACUUCGUAAAUUAUACCAUAAAUUGCAUGCAACCUCACGCCAAGUCUUUGACUUAGAUUUUCAGUUGUGUAAAUUGUUUUGUUUAUUAAAAUUUAAAUAUUA